UCCGGUCAGAACCACGUGUCGAUCUUUCCCCUCGUUUAUUUCCGCCACUUGUCCUUCACCAGUACGUUCUUUGUCCCCUCACCCACCAAAAAUACUGGGGCAAUUUUGUCAUUUCACUCCCCUCUCCCCCCCACUCUCUCCUUUCGUUUUCCCAGUUCUUUCUUCUCUCUAGGUCUCCCCCUCCUUCUGGAUUUGCUUGCCCAUUCCUACUCUCUCCUCGUCUUUUCUCUUUCGCCUUAUUUUCUUGAUUUUCCGGCUACCCAUUUGACGGAGCUUAUCUUUCCCCUCAUUUUCUUUGAUUCUUUUUUCUCCUCUUUGUACCCUGUUUUGCAAUAAGAAUUUAGCUGUGGUGUUGGGUUUUGCGUUUUUUGGAUUGAGGUUUGGUGAAAUAUGCUGUUUUUAGUUUCUGGGGAUUUGAUUUGAAGUGAUUGGUGUAUAAAGAUUGAGUCUUUGAGCUGAGUGGCGUUGUUAUGGUGUUUUGAAGAUUUAAAGAUUGGUUUUUUGGCAUCUGGGUUUACCAUGCAUGUACAUGAAGACUUGUUUGAGCUUUAAAGCGGUUGUGGGGUGGUGAGUUUUGUGGGUUUUUGGGUUGCCCAUGGGAGAUAAUAGAUCGACGAAGAAAAAAAGCGGCGAAAUGGAGAAUCUUGCUUUGGAUUCCAACAGAUUUUCUAGGGACUUGCUGCAGAGAUUCAUGGGCGCCGGCGCCGGCGCCGCCGGAGGCGGUGAUGGGUUGGAGACGGCGGAAGACGACGGAGAACUCGAACUGAAUCUUGGGUUGUCAUUAGGAGGGAGGUUUGGCGUGGAUAAGAGCUCAAAUAAGCUCCUAAGAUCUUCUUCCAUAGCUGCAUGUUUGCCAAUUGUAAGAGACGAUGAUGCGGUGGCGCCGCCGCCGCCGGCGGCCUAUUCCGCCCUGGUCAGGACUUCCUCCCUCCCCGUGGAGACGGAGGAAGAAUGGAGGAAAAGGAAGGAGUUACAGACAAUCCGAAGAUUGGAAGCUAAGAGGAGACGGUCAGAAAAGCAGAGGAUUUCCCGGGGAGAUAGCGCCGGCGCCGGUGCCGUCGCCGGCGGCGCCGUGGAGGAACCCAAGAGAGAAAGUGGGGUGAGUUUCAGGACAAGAUUAGAUAAAGAACAGUUGUUAUUAGCCACUAAAAGCUCUUUUAGGAGUGGGAUUGACAUUGGAAUGUUCAAAGGGAAAAGAAGCUGUUUUUCUAGUAAUAAAUUGCAGCCUUCAUCUCAAGGGUCAAUUGAAUCUCAAGGUGCUAACUCUUCAAGCAUAUCAGAAUUAGAAAGUAAAUCCCUUCAAGGGUCAUGUGAGCUGAGCCCCGGGAGCAUACAGUCCAUACAAGAGGGCGGGAACCAAGAAACCGGCUCAUCUCGAUCUAAGACAACGCGGGAUAUUCCCGGCAGGACGGCGUCCGGAAUCGAGACAGACCCGCCAUCCAACAAACCCGAAAGCACAAGCCGGCCGGCAACGAGGGAAGCCGGGACGGCCUCCCUCGAGGACAUGCCGUGCGUGUUCACCAAAGGCGACGGCCCCAACGGCAAAAGGAUCGACGGCAUACUAUACAAAUACGGCAAGGGAGAGGAGGUGCGAAUCAUGUGCGUGUGCCACGGCAACUUCCUCUCGCCGGCAGAGUUCGUGAAGCACGCCGGGGGGAGCGACGUCGCCCAUCCGCUCAAGCACAUCGUCAUCAACCGCAACUCUUCUCCCUUUCAGUAAAAGAAAAGCGCAAAUUGCAUGAAAAAUAUCAUGCAAAUGUGCCAAUAGAACAGUUUGUUUGUUUGUUUGUUUUUCUUUCUAUUCUUCUUUGCAAGAGCAUAUACAUGUAUCAACUAACGUUGUUGUUGAAUUAUAUGUUAAAAAGAAAAAAAAAAAAUUUUGUA